AUGGCCCUGCCUCCUUCCCUCAGAACGUCCGUAAUUCCUGCAGAGCUGGAGCUCAUCGCCUCAGAGCAGCUCGUCGAGAUCAUCCCGUCAGUCGCAAUGGAACGAACAGCAUUUAUUUCUGGUGCCUAUGGACCUUUACGCCCGCCGGCCAAGUGCAAGGUCCCCAUAUGGAUGGCGACAAAUCUUAAGCUGAAGAAGAAGUGCCAUAUUGUGCCACCAGACUGGCUCAACCUCGAAACUUUACAGGGGCGAUUGCUUUUGGAGACCACGCGACCAGAGUUCAGCGAGAUGCCGUUCCGGUUUGCAGAGAUCGCCAAGGUCCUCCUUGACAUUGCGUCGGAUGAUUUCCAAGAACCAGACAAGAUACGAUCUUUACUCAAGGACAUCCGGGAAGCACGCCAGGCCAAGAGUAGAGAAGGUCUUUCAAAGUUAGACCAUAGCGAGCUGAGUUUACCGAACCUCAGCUCAAUGGAAAUUAACGAGAUUCGGCCGUUCUUCGUACGCUCGAUGGGCGUUCUCACCCAGCUAGUCAAAGAUCCUGAAGCGCGGCAAAUGGAACAAUAG